CUUGUGAUCUUAGAGUCCACCAGUUAUUCAUAAUAAUGACUCACUUGUUAUGUUUUGUGUUAAGGGUUUUAUUUUGAUAAAUUAUUAAUUGUCAUUUUCUAAAGUGUUUUUACUAAUAACCGCACAAUUAAUAUCUCAUAUCAUAUAUGGGUUGUGGCAGCAGUUCUACAGCUAUUCAUCAUAAGAGUGAAAGUCAUGUUCGGAGUCGACAUACCGCUAGAAAUCAUAACCGAAAGCCCAUAGAGAUAAAUGAGGAGGCGUUGAAUGAAUACUUACAGUUGGAGUACGCCAUCAAUGACUUCGAGAAGAAGCACGUGUUAGAGAACUAUCAGAUCAAAAGUGAACAGUUGGAGCAAUUGGAUGAAGCCGUCAAACAACUGGAAAGGGAUCGCAAAGUAUACGGACAACAAACAAAUGAUAUCCAGAACCAAAUGGGAAAUAUAGACUUGCGAUCCGUUAAAGAAUUUAUUCUUCAAAAGAGAUUAUCGGACGACUCGCUCACUCCAGACGAAGAAAAGCUCAUCGAUUCACUCAAUCGACUCGAAGUGGUAGAGAAAGAGUUAGAGACCACUUCACAGCAACAAAAUAAUAUAAAACUAGAAGUGCAACAGUCUGUGGCUGAGGGCGAGAAACUGCAACUCUAUUACCAGAAAAGGGAUGAACUUUUAGAUGCCAUAUUUGAAGGCCAGUACGCCAGUGACAUUGAGAACCAAUUAGAAAAAGAGUUGGACUGGUUGUUGGAGCAGAAGCACCACGUAGACCAGGCUCACUUCAGGUGGAAACAGGCCAAGACUCUGGUCAAACAGGCCAAUGUCCAGUUGGGUCGGGGACUUCAAAAGUGGAAGGAAUUACUCGACAUUCCUGUCCAAGAGAACGAACAAAGAUAUCAUUGUGUGGCUGACGCCAGAGAUAACCUGGUGAUGGCGAGUCAGAACAUUCAGGGGGCCCAACGAUACCUGCCCAACAUAAGUCUGCCCUACUGUGCCCCCGACGAGGUCGAGACCCUCAACAAAGCCAUUUCUUACAUCUUCACGGAUAUGCAAACCCCCGAACGACACACCCAUGCGUUGAACUGUUAUCAAACCACAUACAAAAGAGCCGGUGCUCUACGCCAGUGGUUGGAACAGGUCCUCAACUCAACCAUCGCUAAGGAUUUACACGAAUUGACUGAAGAAUGUAAGGCCAGGGCUUCGGAAUUACGGGCGGAAAGGAUUCGACUCAUAAGGAAACGGAUCAAAGAGAUGACCGGAAAUGAUGUCAAUUACGAAGAAGAGGCGCCCUUUGAGUUCAGAGACAGUGGUGUCGACAGCGAACUCGACGACUCGGCCGCCGCUGACGAACAAAUCGCUCAGAUAUUCGAGUCGGGAAACAGCGAAAGGAAAGGCGGGGCGAAGUCACUGACACCCGACCCCACGCGGAUGCCACUCCUGCCGAUGCCAACACCCCUUCCGACGUCAGACUUAGCGCCCAUUCCCUCAGACGGAGAAAUAUUCGACUUAGCGCCCAUUCCCUCAGACGGAGAAAUAUUCGGCAAGAUCGAGCAAAUCCGAAGUCAACACCGCCGAGAGAUCCAGGAGUUCCAGAGGGCGCAGCGUCUGAAUCAGGUGCGGAUGAGUCAGGGA